AAUUACACACGUUACUAAGAUUGGUGUCCUUGAUCUGAACCACGUGAUGCGUACACGGAACGGUCGGUUGCCGGGUCUGAAAAUUUCUGAACGCAUCGCUCAGUAGUCGUUCCGUUGUUCUAUUAAUAAGUGCAAUGACAUCUCGUUUCCGCGUUUGAAUAUUUGAAAUAAUAGCAACUAUGUUGAAGUUUAUAGUUUUGUUAGCUGUGUGUUUAUCUUGUGUGCAAUGUGCGAAGAUCUUAGCCGUCUUCCAGAUGCCGUCGUACAGCCACCAGGUCGUGUUUCAACCGAUCUGGAAGGAGCUGUCGCUGCGCGGCCACCAGGUCACGGUGGUCACCCCUUUACCUCUGAAGGAUCCCACCCUUAAAAACCUGACUGAAAUAGACGUGAGCUACUUGAAAGUUCUGGGCCAAAAGUAUAACUUCUUAAGAACCGUGUCGAUCGACGCUUGGCCCCACGAAAAGACAAAAAUCAUGUACCAGGCCAAUUACGAGUUCGCCGAACAAGUAUUCGAAAACGAACAGUUCAAAAAAAUCUACCAGGAUCCAAACGCCAAAUUCGACUUGAUAAUAAUCCAAGCCUACAUCGGACCCAUCUUCCACGCGCUGGGCGAAAGAUUCAACGCCCCGGUCGUGGGGGUGAACUCGAUGAACGCGUACAUAGGCCAGCACUUCGCCAUCGGCAACCCCCAUCAUCCCGCCCUCUACACCGACAUGUACACGGAGUACCAAGGUGAACUCACGUUCCUCGAACGCUGGUACAACACCUUCUUCUAUAUCUGGGCCAGGUAUUUCAUUCAUUUCGAAGGGAUGCCGAAAAGUGACGCCAUCGCCAGAAAGUACCUGGGCAAUGAUAUCCCUUACUUGGGGGAGUCCGUGCAGAAAUUGAGCUUUUUAUUCACGACAACAAAUCCCAUUUUGUACGCGCCCAGGCCUCAGGUUCCCACGCACGUUGAAAUCGGACGGUUGCAUCUCAAACCCCCGCAACCUUUACCUAAGGAUGUGAAAGAAUAUUUGGAUGGCGCCAAAGAAGGAGUAGUUUACGUAAGUUUGGGAUCGAACGUGCUCAGUUCAAUCGUUCCAGACAAAUUCAGGAAUACUUUAAUAUCAGCACUGGGAAAAUUACCAUAUAAAGUCUUAUGGAAAUACGAAGAAGACAAUCUGAAAGACCUCCCUAAAAACGUCGUCACUAAAAAAUGGUUGCAACAACAAGAUGUUUUAGCCCAUCCGAAUGUGAAGGCUUUCGUUAUGCAGUGCGGUUUGCAAUCUUUGGAAGAAACCUUUUCGAAGAACGUUCCAAUGAUUUGCAUUCCUUUUAUUUCUGAUCAGCUGAUGCAUAUCAAAAGGCUCGUAAAAUAUGAAGCCAGCAUCGGAAUCGACCACAAGAAUACCACCGAUGAGGAAAUCAAGAAUGCAGUCUUGGAAAUUAUCAACAACAAAAAGUACAAAGAGAACGUGAAGAAAAUUAACGACCUUUGGAACGACGAACCAAUCAAACCACUAGACAAAGUGAUGUUCUGGAUGGAAUAUGUGAUACGACACAACGGAACUGCUCAUUUGAGGAGUCCUUAUGCGGACGUACCGUGGUACCAAUUUUUGUUAGUUGACGUUAUCGCUGCCACUUUGUUUGUGGUACUUACGCCAAUUGUGAUAUUGUAUAAAAUUGUUAGUUCAUUGGUUUUGAAGAAGAAGACUGUUAGUUUUAAGACUCACAGUAAGAGUCACAAGAAGAAGCAAUAAAAAAGGCUGACACUUUGUUAUUUGUUAUAUCACAAUGACUGUAUAAAAUAUAUUGUUUUAUGUUAAAUAUUUUAUAACUUU